CAGAAAACGCACAAAGGAUACGGUGGGCGGUAUCUCCCUGGCAAACGCGCAGUUCGCGCAACUGCCAGGCUACGUGCUCGUCCAGGUCAUUUACGAACACUUCAUCGAAGCGAUGUCUGACGAAAUCAUGGCGGACAGUAGUGACAGGUCAAUCGACUCAGAGUGUCACACUCUCGAGCCUGCCACGAAGCGACAGAAGUUAGAGUCGGUGGUCAAGCCAGCAUUGAAGCAGGAAGAUGACAAGCUGGAGCAGAGGCUCGGAGGGAUCCUGUGUUGUGCAGUUUGUCUGGAUCUCCCCAAAGCAGCCGUUUAUCAGUGCACCAACGGACACCUGAUGUGUGCUGGGUGCUUCACCCACCUGAUGGCGGACGCCCGGCUGCGUGACGAGACGGCCACCUGUCCCAACUGCCGGAUCGAGAUCUCGCGCUCUCUCGUCUCGCGCAACCUGGCCGUGGAGAACGCUGUCAGCGAGCUGCCGUCGCAGUGUCCACACUGUGGCAGACAGUUUCCGCGCAGCUCGCUCGAGCAGCACGGCCGCGACUCCUGCGAUGAGAGGCCGGUGACCUGCCAGUACAGCCGGAUCGGGUGUCCGUGGCGUGGCCCUGCGCACGAGCUGACGGCCCACCAGGCCCAGUGCGUGCACCCGCACAACACCGGCGAGACCAUCAUGGGCGUGCUGCAGGCGAGCGAGCAGCGCCGCCAGCGCGACGCCCAGCUCUACGACACCAUCUUCGACCUGCUGUCGUUCGAGAAGAUUCUCUUCAACGACCUCCAGCUGAAGCCGUACCGCACCGACGAUUUCAUCCACAAGCUCUUCUACGAGACGAGCCGCUUCUCGGCCUUCAACUGCCAGUGGGUGAUCAAGGCGCGCAUCAACGACAACCAGCGUGACCCGAGCCAGAGCUGUGACCGCUGCAUGACCUACCAGCUGAUCUUGAAGUCGAAGACGAGCCAGCCGCUGAGCGUGCAGUAUCUGCUUCUGCGCGGCCCGUUCGGUGAUGCGCGCGUGGCGCCUGCCAUCUACAGCCACGAGUUCAGCGACGGCCAGCCGGAGAGCGAGUUCCAGCGUCUGCCGCUGCCGGACUCAGCCGAGUGUAACCGCAUGCUGGCCGCCCGCUCUGUCAACAUCAGGUUAAUCAUGUUCCAACUGAGCAAAUGAGAAGCUUUGCCGCCGCCGCGGCCGGCUCCAGCUGCAGUGCGGACCGCCGCGGUCCGCUAUCACCACCACCACCACCGCUGCUGCCGCCGCCGCUGCUGCCUGCUGACCCAGCUGCGUGCUGCAGCCAGCGUUCCUGGCGCAAGAUGUGCCCCUCUGGACGGUUCUGGGAGCACGAAAUACGAUGUAUGUGUGUGGCUCUCUCCCCGCCUGUGGUAAACCCACGAAAUCUCAAGCGUACGUUUGCGGCUUUACAAGAGCCUGAGUAAGCUGGGCGUGGGGGCAUGACGUCGCCGAAGCGCCCUUCAGUUCAUGAACCUCGCUCUCUUGUAAGGUACAUCGUUGGUUUCUUGCAUGGUCGACACAAAUCUCGGCAUGUAGUGCGUAGUCGUAGAACGUAACUGCGGUGGCAAAUUCGUUAAGAAAGGGUGGGGAGCAUUGAUUUAAAAUGGCAGUGUUCGAAGCAUUGUUAUAAAGUAGUGAUUACACAUCUGGUUCGCAUUUAUUUCAGCUUCACCAGUAGAGGAACUCGAAACGUCACUGGUUGAUUAAUUAAAGCGUGUAAAACAUCAUUUUAUGCCUGCGAUAAAUCAGCUUUACACAAGUUAUGAUAGAAACAUUGUGCGUACAGUGCCCCGAUUUUCUGCAAUUUUUUUUCUUUUUUGGUGUCCUUGUGUGUCUGGCGCCAAAUGUUUAAACAUGGGCGUGGUAAAUACCUCGUGAACUAAGGUCUGCUUGGUAUCGAAGUGCAUAGCCGUGGCCAGCACCGAUCAUGACGAAUUCGAUUCUAAGAUAUCGGCUAGCGCGCCGUAUGAGACAGUUUUCUUCAGCUGCUUCCGAAGCGAGGCGCCGUCUAUGAGUGCUUUUUCCAGGUCGUCAAGCAUCCCACUGCUGCUGGCUAGGCGUUUUGUGCUUAUCUCCGGCGACAUUAUGCGCGCAUGGUUGAACCGGUUUGGUGCAUUUGCUAAACGACUUUCUAGCCCGGGCUAGCAAACCAUGAGAAAAAAAGAAGGCUGUAGAUCCAGAAGACACCCGAAAUCGCCGCGUAUGCUUACGUUGCGCAUGAAACGGUCGGCAGGUGAGAUUCGCCUACUGUUCCGCUACAUCUUGGCGGCCCGGUGUAUUUUGUGAAAAAAUUAUCACUCUCUCCAUCGCCGGCUAUGGACAAUGUGGAAACAAGACAUCAUGCUUUAUGAUAAAUGCCGUCAUGUAUGGCCUUUGACCACUGCGUUACAAGUGGUUACCAGCUGCCCGGUUUAAGGUAUCGUAUUGUUUGACCUUCGGUUUCCUGUGUGUAUCGUAAAGCAUGCCCAUUUUAUCAUUUAUCAGAAGGAAGUGCCGCAGUGACUUUUUGAUUCGGUUAAAGUGGACUUUUAUCUUACUCUCGCAUCUGUCGGCCCCAGUGACUUUGCGGAGGCGUGCAUUAAUUCGAAUUAAGCAGGUAUGGUGUAGAUUAUGGUGCGAGAUUUGUUGGAGGAUGAAUAGACUCAGAUGACUUAAGAAUUGAGUAGUGAAGGUUUACUGGUGAUUAGCUAGAUCGAUGUAGAAUAAGGAAGCAGGUUUAUGCCUCGUCUGCCACCAAGUACAAAAUGCUGAUGAAGCAUUGAUGUGGAUAAUGUUGCGCGUGUGCCAUCUAAAAAUUGGUAGCAUCAGGACAAAACUACUGGUCGUGAUAUAGGUCCAACUGCUUCACUUCCCAGGACGUCUGACGUCUGUCAAAUGUCUGCCCAAUCCAUUUGAAACACAGGACCGUGCGAGAAAAGUUGACGUAGUCUGCCGUCUUCGAUUUGCACAGUUUGAUGGAAUAUUUUGAUCUUUUUGCUUUGUUAGACGCCGAGUUUGCGCGAACCUCCAUGUAAUGUGCUAUGUGCAACCAGCAGCUGGUCGAUAGUGUAAGGGAUGCACGUAUGUUAGUUUUCUUAGACCACCCAUGGUUCAGGAACAAAGCUGAGAAGUGUUUGAUCAUGUAUCUCAUAUAUGUAUGGCCCACCGCCAUUUAUUUCUCUUAGGAUAAAAUAUAUUUGUGGCUACGACUUCG